AUGUCAGCUCCAAGCACAUUUGGAGAGCUGGGUCUCUCCAUCAUCGGAAUCAGCGCCGAAUAUCCACCAUAUUCCCUAGAUUAUACCUGCCUCAACACCCUUAGUGACAAGUUCUAUCCAGAUACACCUUCUAUGCAAAAGGUCCUCGGAAUCAACAGAUAUACCGGAAUUGACACACGGUCGUCCAUUGGAACACCCGACCAUCCAGCUGUUAACAAGAAAGAUGCGCCCUCAAUAGCAGAGCUCCACACUCUGUUCCUCUCUGAUGGCGUUCCUCUCGCGAUCCGAGCCGCUCGAAAGGCCAUUGACGAGGCCAAGAUUGACAAGAGAUUGAUUACCCACAUUGUCUCCACAACAUGUACAGAUAGUGCAAACCCAGGCUUCGACCACUUUGUCGCAAAAGGUCUGGGCAUAUCGCAUGGUGUAGAGAAGGUCUUGCUUCAUGGUGUUGGUUGCAGCGGCGGACUGGCAACUCUCCGAACAGCCGCGAACCUGGCUCUUGGUCAUAAAGCACGCGGUCUGCCCGCGCGCGUUCUGUGUGUAGCACUUGAGGUCAGCACCACUAUGGUACGCAGUGAGCUAGAUAGCAUCAACGAGCUGCAGCAGACAAGAAUAGGCGCGUGCCUCUUUUCGGACUGUGGUAGUGCCGCUGUAUUGAGCAACGGUAUCGGUGAACCCUCUGAACCGGUAUAUGACCUCCUCGGCUGGGACCACAGGACCAUACCAGAUACUGAGGAUGACUUGGGGUUUGAUGUUGACCCAGUCGGCUGGAAAGUUGUCCUCACACCUCGUGUCCCCAAGCUCACUGCCGCCUCAAUUGGCCCAGCCUUCAACGACCUCAAGGCAUCUCUGCCCCAACUCCCUCCAGACUAUCAGAAAGCAGCCGACUUCGACUGGGCGAUGCACCCUGGUGGCGCUACCAUCCUGUCCGGCGCUGAGAGAGCCAUGGAUAUCACACCGGAACACCAACGGGCAAGUUACGACACAUAUAUCAAUCAUGGCAACUCAAGUUCAGCUACCAUCUUCAGUGUCAUGGAUCGCCUACGUUCGAAAGAUAUGGAUGCCAUGGCGCCUGACGGACGCGUACGUGACUAUGUCGUUGGUUGUGCUUUCGGUCCUGGCAUCACAGUUGAGAUGUGCAUGUUGAAGCGGAAUAUGUCUUAUGGCGCCGGCUUGCCUGGCCUACAAACUCCACCAGAAACACCGGCUGAAACGGAGACGGAGCCGAGUGAAAUCGGGGAUGGAGAUGGAGAGUGGGGCCGCGAGUCGAGCGGAGAUCCGGCCGAGUCGCCGGAUCAGUAUGCGUUGUUUGUGGCCGACUCGUUGGAGCAUCUAGAUCUAGAUUAG